AUGGCACAAUUAGCUUCGGCUCAUGGUUCUGAGUCGGUGUCGGCGGACAUUGACAUGGAGUCGAGGUCGUCGUUCAUUGCGCCAACUUCUGAUACACCAUCUGCCUCAAAGUCUUCUGACCUGCUCCGACACGACGUUGACUCCUCAUCAAGCCACCAGCUCCAGGACCGACAACACCUCCAGCACCUCCAGCACUCGCAGCAGCACCAUCAGCACCAUCAGCACGACUCCUUGGACAAGAUCCGCCGUCAAACAUCAUCUGACACAGACACGGACACUGACACCCAUCAGCAUCAUCAGCAUCAUCCUCGUCCCCCUCUACCCACUGGACAUAGCCUGGCCAAUAGUCUCAGCUCCUUGGCUUCCUUCUCGACUCCUGUUGCGACUUCACAGCCAGCAGUUGCCUCAACUACGUUUGACUCAACUAUUAUUCCUCACUUCCCCCCUCCUCCCUUCCGGACCCCUAUCAAACGGAAGCCUUUGUCCUCAUCGGCUUCUUCUUUGGCUGCGUCAUUGUCUCUACGAGACUCUGUUAUCGCUGCGGUUCCCGCUCCCUUGAACUCAGAAGUUCUCCCUAAACCCGGCCAAAGAUUUGCCAGGCCACCAUCUGUUGAUAGUCCAACGUUUUACGACUAUCCACAGUCCCUCAGGACCUCAGUGCCUUCUUGCUCAUCUCCCGUCACCGCCAACCUGGGUCACGCCCACGGGGAAGCUUCCGAGGCGCGCAGCAUUCCAGCAGGCGAGCCGCUUUACGAAGAUAGAUCCGAACUAUCGGAUGUGCUAUCUGUCUACGACGAGUCAGAUUCACAAGGCUCCAAAAAGUCGUCAUCUCCAGAUGAGAACAACAUCGGCGGUUCUAACCCUGGACACGUAAUAGAUGACAAUAGCUCCGACGACAUAGAGUCUAUUGCCCGCAGCUUUAGCCCUGGACACGUAAUAGACGACAAUAGUUCCGACGACAUAGAGUCCCUUUACGGAGACCGUUCAGACUAUACUCCGACUCCGCCCAUGUUUGCUCCCAAACCAACUCCUCCACACCUCAAACUCGACACAGUCGAAUCAUCAGCUUCCCAAAGUGAACUAGAAUUACAACAACAACAACCUGGAUCUCCAGAGUCGGCAAAGUUAGCUGCAUCUCCGCAGCUGAACAAGCCGCUACCUAAAUCGCCCAGCCAGGCGUCGCCUUUUGCAACACUGUUUGGCUGGUCCAAUCCGUCACCGUCCGUGACGGACUUUUCGUCCAUACCCUCACCAUUGUCCCCCAGCAAAAACGCAAAUGAGGCGCUUGGUGCUUCGGGAAAUAACAGAUCGAACUCAUCAUCUAGCAAUUCCAAUGGUGCAACAUCGAAUCCAAUCGGAUAUUGCGAAUCAUACUUAUCAACACCACCCCCUGGGACGGCCGCGUCGUCUCUCCAAAUCGAUGAGAUGGAGGACGAACUGAAGGCCAUCAGCUCUGAGCUGGCCGCGUCCAUCCGGCGUGAGAUGGAUCUUGAAGACCUCGUCGACAGGCUUCAAGAACAAAUGAAUAACCCACAAGCACCAAGCAAGCGAUCAAGCGACUAUUUUUCAGAUUCGGGUUACAGCUCUGCCAAAGUCAGCGAAUAUGAUCAUAGCAGAGAAGAAAUCGAAAAGAUCCAAAGGAGAUCAGAGCAGGAGAAGGCAUCCAUUCGUCUAGAACUAAGCACCAAAUUACAGGAUGAGAGGUCAAGGAGGAAAGCUCUUGACCAACAGAUCAAGGAUUUAUCUGAGAAGGCUUCGCAAAUGGACCUCGCCCACAUGAAUAACCUGGAUGCCAAUGAUCGAGUCAAGGAUUUAGAGAAGGCGUGCGAAGACUUGAGACGACGGCUUAACGAGGAACGCGAUUCCAAGACCAAUUUCGAGGACUUGCUCUCUGGUCUUAAGAGCGAAUUGCAAGAAGCCUGUAAUGAAAGGGACAAUCUUCGAGAUGAAGUUGUACCCCAACUACGAGCCAGAGUGGAGGGGUUGGAAGCCGAAGCAGCUUCUUACGCUAACCUUACAUAUGAAUCCACAAAGAUGCAACAUCAACUACAAUCCCUGAAGCAGGAAAACACGUCGCUUCGUAACUCACUCGGCCCAGAUGACAUUGCGUUGGCUAGGUCAAACACGGUGGCAGCCAGCUCUUUCAAGGCCAGAGGUCCAAGUGGUUUUGGUGGCUUGUCUAGGUCAGAGAGCGUUAAGCACCCUCAGUCAGAAUCAAGGGAAGCCCUGGCGGAGCGAUUAAAGGACGUGGAAGCCCAACGAGAUGCCUUGCACAGUGCAUUGAAGAAUCUCCUUGAGAGGCAAGAAUUCCAGACCCGCGAAAAUGAAAAGAAAAUCAAGAUUCUGGAGGCCGAGCGCCAACGGCUGAUGCUAGAACCGCGGAAAGCAGGAUUCGAUAAAGAAAUCUCCAGCUUGCGCACCGAGAUCAAUGUCCUGCGACGUCGUGCCGAAGAUGCACUCGAACAAAAGUGGCAAGUGGAGAAGGGCUUGGGCGGUCUAAAGAUGGACCUUGAUAGAGCCGAGGAAGAGAUUGCUUCCCUUCGCUCUUUGCUUCAAGAAAAGGAUAUUCUAAUCCCUCCUUCACUGGCUCGAUCCAGCGCCGCCAGUGGCACACUAAGUACUCCUGUUACCUCAGAAUCUCUCCAGAAGGCCUAUCAAGACCUGCGAAGCUCCUACUCCGAAUCAUUGGAGCGCAUUAAGAAGCUGGAGCUUAACACAGGCGACGCCGCGUCCGACGAGAGGACUAAGCUUGCGAUUGAGCGCCUGGAGCAGUCUCUUUCAGCAGCUGUUUCAGAGCGGGAUGCCGCGCGACGACAUUUGGAUGGCCUAAAGACCCAAGUCAACGGAUUGGCGGCUGGAGAAUCUGAAAGCCUUAACAGGGAGAAGGCCUUAUCCGAGGAACUGGGCGAGUCUGCUUUGCGUGUCGAACAGCUUGCUUCCCAAGUCCAGCAACAACUGGCUACUAACGCUGAGUUGCGACAGCGACUUACUGACACGGUUGCUCGAGGUGAAUCCGACCGAAAACUGAACUCAGAACGGAUUACCGAGCUGCAGGCACGCCUCCAUGCCCUCGAGGAGCAGCUUGUCACGGCGCAGACCGCCUCCGAGGACCGAGUCGGUCGACACGAAGAGGAACUUAGCCAGCUUCGAGAAGCCCACAAUGAGCAGCUUCGUCGCAUCAACAGUGGUGCUGGCGUAGGCGUUACCGCCCGUAAGGGAUCACUUUUGAACCCUGCGGCGUCAGCUGUCUUUGGGCGCUCUAGCCAAGUCAUUCCGGCCAGGAGCUUUGAGGAGGAAGUUGAAAUCAAGAAUCUCCGAGCCCGCGUCGCAGAGCUCGAGAAGGCUCUUGCCGACGCUGAGAGCGAGAUUCAGCAGGUCGUUUCUAAGAUGAACGAAGCGCAGAUUGAGGUCAUGAACCUCCAGGAAGAGCGCGAGACAGCUGCUCGAGAGACGCGAAGACUCCAGAAGGCUCUGGAGGCGGCCAAAUUGACACCACUGAGCGGACGAGCUUAA